ACUGACAGUAACUUAGUCAUUAUGGCAUUUACAUACUGUUUUGGUUAAAUUAAACAAAAUAAGUUUAACUUAGAGAAAAUUAAUGUAGUAAAAUGGAUCCAAAUAAAAUUAAAAAUGCAUCGGAAGGUAUCGCCCCUAUGGGUAUAACGACUUUAAAUGAAACAGUGCUAAGUAACCAGCCUGAAUCCAGGUACGAAUGCCCAGUAUGUCUCAACUGGUUACGGGAUCCAGUUAUAACGACUUGUGGGCACAAAUUUUGUAAAAGUUGUAUCACUUCAUGGUUACAAAACAGCGGUCAUUGUCCGAUAGACAACAUAAAUCUCAGUAUGAAAGUUGAUAUUUUUCCUGACAAUUACACAAAAAGGGAAAUUCAAGAACAAAGAAUGUCAUGUCCGUUUGCAGCUAAAGGUUGUUCAGUCAAAGUGACACCACUCGAUCUAGAUAAUCAUAUCGCUGUGUGUGAGUUUAAUCAACCCGAGGUGUCAUCUCAAUCCACAGUCAGGGUUCCUUGCUCAUUCCAUGCCGUCGGCUGCAAAGAAACCUUUGAUAGUCAAGAAGACAUGAAUGCACAUUUGCAUAAUGACAUUCAAAAUCAUAUGAGUUUCCUAAUGAAUGCAUAUUCCAAGAUUCAAAUAGACAGCGAUAUAUCAAAUGCUAGUAUGGAUGCAAAAGAACAAGAGGCUAUGUGCCUGUGGGAGGCACCGGACAAAAAUGGUGAACAAAGCACCUCCGCCCCACUUAGUAAUACAAGCGCUCUUAUAAGGGCACUGUAUGAGAGGGUUGUAGUAUUGGAACAAAGAAAUCGUGAGCAGGAUAUAGUAAUAGCUAACAUGUCGAAGCAGCUCUCUGCAUUCGCGGUGGCGAAGAUGAAACAAAACAAUGACAUGCUCCUCCGCUACUGUAUGGGAAACUACAUCUGGAAGAUCGACAACUUCAAGACGAGACUCGACGCCAUGUUGAAAGAUAACUUCAAAAUGUUGUACAGCCCUGGAUUUUAUACCUCACCAAAUGGUUACAGAUUCUGCGUCCGUCUAAACAUAUCCCCCCAAAAUCCUCACUGCUUCGCGCUCCACGUGCACCUGAUGAAGACUGAAUAUGACCACUGCUUAGAAUGGCCGUUCAACGGACGCAUUACCUUCGCCAUGAUCAACCAGUACGACCCCGACAUGACGCAGAGGGACACCAUGAUGUCCAACUCCAACCUCAUAGCGUUCAAGAGGCCGACCGCUGAAAUAUGUGUUAGGGGCUUCGGUUACACGGAAUAUGCGGUCGUAAGUGAUGUGAUUAGGAACGGCUUUGUGAAAGAUGACAUGCUCAUAAUACGUGUCAAUAUCAGAUACGUAUGACAUAGGGAGUAAUUUUUAUGUUUGUUCUCAAUUAUUUAUGUUCUAUAGUUCGCGCGCUAUGAGAAUGGGAUGUAACUUUGUCAAAGUAUACGCGCGCUAUGAGAAUGGGAUGUAACUUUGUCAAAGUAUACGCGCGCUAUGAGAAUGGGAUGUAACUUUGUCAAAGUAUACGCGCGCUAUGAGAAUGGGAUGUAACUUUGUCAAAGUAUACGCGCGCUAUGAGAAUGGGAUGUAACUUUGUCAAAGUAUACGCGCGCUAUGAGAAUGGGAUGUAACUUUGUCAAAGUAUACGCGCGCUAUGAGAAUGGGAUGUAACUUUGUCAAAGUAUACGCGCGCUAUGAGAAUGGGAUGUAACUUUGUCAAAGUAUACGCGCGCUAUGAGAAUGGGAUGUAACUUUGUCAAAGUAUACGCGCGCUAUGAGAAUGGGAUGUAACUUUGUCAAAGUAUACGCGCGCUAUGAGAAUGGGAUGUAACUUUGUCAAAGUAUACGCGCGCUAUGAGAAUGGGAUGUAACUUUGUCAAAGUAUACGCGCGCUAUGAGAAUGGGAUGUAACUUUGUCAAAGUAUACGCGCGCUAUGAGAAUGGGAUGUAACUUUGUCAAAGUAUACGCGCGCUAUGAGAAUGGGAUGUAACUUUGUCAAAGUAUACGCGCGCUAUGAGAAUGGGAUGUAACUUUGUCAAAAUAUAUCAAAAUGACAGUUCUCGAGCGAAGAAGCGUUAACAAAAUGUUUAGUGGAUUAUGUCUAUGUAAGUGUGUGUGUGUAAGCCGAGAUGGCCUAGUGGUAAGAACGCGUGAAUCUUAACCGAUGAUCGUGGGUUCAAACCCGGGCAAGCACCACUGAAUUUUCAUGUGCUUAAUUUGUGUUUAUAAUUCAUCUCGUGCUUAACGGUGAAGGAAAACAUCGUGAGGAAACCUGCAUGUGUCUAAUUUCAUUGAAAUUCUGCCACAUGUGUAUUCUACCAACCCGCAUUGGAGCAGCGUGGUGGAAUAAGCUCCAAACCUUCUCCUCAAAAGGGAGAGGAGGCCUUAGCCCAGCAGUGGGACAUUAACAGGCUGUUACUGAAGUGUGUGUGUUCGAUUGUUUGUUUGUAUGUAUAACUCCUAAAAUAAUUUCGCGUUAUUGACUUUACAAAACCACUAUUAUAAAUAUCAUUUAUAAAAUAAUGGAGUAAAUAACAAAUUACGAGCAAUCAUCGACACCAACGAAUAAGUAACGCGUGUGUCUCCGUUCCAAAAGGUCGCACCCCUAUCUAGCGUCAUCAUACAUUGCGCGCGGAUUAUAACUUGUAUUAUUUUAUAAUUUCUUUGCACAAGUUUAUAUGAUGCAAUAUUUUGAUCUAUUGUUGUAUUUUUAUAUUUUAACAAUCGUAAGUGUUAUGAAAUGUAUUAACCAAUGCAACUCAUCCGUCCUUUAAGACAUUAUAUUGAUAAGAUGAAGUAUUGAGAAUAACUUUACAUGUUAUAUUAUGUAGCUUAUUGUACAUGAUUUUAAUAUUAUUAGACGAAUAAAAACAUAUUGUAUAGAGAUUAAUCGAGAUCAGUUACAAUAUUUUUAACAAUACUUAAAAAUUGCCAUGUUUUUUAUUUAUAUAGUAAAUAAAUAU